GAGGACAGUGAUCAGAUCUUUACUGAGCUGAUCCGCUCUAUUGAGAGAAGGAGCUCCGAGGUGAAGGAGCUGAUCAGAGCCCAAGAGAAGGCUCAAGUGAGUCAAGCUGAAGGACUCCUGGAGCAACUGAAAAAGGAGAUAGCUGAGCUGAGGAAGAGAAGCACUGAGCUGGAGCAGCUCUCACACACAGAGGAUCACAUCCAUUUCCUCCAGAGUUAUCAGUCUCUCUCCAGUAUCAGUGUAUCUUCAGACUUACCCAGAAUUGUUGUCCGUCCUCUUCAGUACUUUGGAGAUGUGAGUAAGACUGUGUCUGAACUGAGAGUGAAACUAGAAGACUUCCUUAAAGGAGAAUGGACCAAGAUCUCCACUACAGUGAAUUUAGUGGAUGUUGUACUGCCUCCAGAGCCCAAGACCAGAGAACAGUUGUUACCAUAUUCCUGUCAGCUCAGACUGGACCCAAACACAGCAUACACACUCCUCUCUUUGUCUAAAGGGAACAGAAAGGUGACCUAUACAAGCCAAGUCCAACCAUAUCCUGACCAUCCAGACAGAUUCACUAACCAUUACCAGGUUCUGUGUAGAAAGGGUCUGUCUGGAUGCUGUUACUGGGAGGUGGAGUGGAGUGGGGAGUUGGUUGUUACAGCAGUCUCAUAUAAAGACAUCAGCAGAACAGAGAGAAGUAAUAUAUUUGGACACAAUAACAAGUCUUGGAGUUUACAGUGCUGUAGUGAUGGUUAUUGUUUCAUACACAAUAAUGUUGUGACUAAAGUAUCAGGCCCUCAGUCCUCCAGAGUAGGAGUGUACCUGGAUCACAAGGCAGGUACUCUGUCCUUCUACAGUGUCUCUGACACAAUGACCCUCCUCCACAGAGUCCAGACCACAUUCACUCAGCCCCUCUAUCCUGGGUUUAGUCUCUUUUAUAGUACUGCUAAGCUGGUUAAACUGUAGUUGGGUCCACAUAGAUACUAGUCAUGCUGGUGUAGUCUAUAGCUGAGCUGGUUUAACUGUAGUAGGGUCCACAUAGAUACUAGUCAUGCUGGUGUAGUCUAUAGCUGAGCUGGUUAAACUGUAGUAGGGUCCACAUAGAUACUAGUCAUGCUGGUGUAGUCUAUAGCUGAUCU